UCUCUCGUUUGUCUUAUAUUAUUGCUAUAAAUGUAUAUUUUCGUUUUCUCCGUAACUUUUCGCAGCUGAUUUUCCAUUCAAUUUACGCUUCUUCUCUCCGGAUUCAAUUGAUUGCUGCAUUUUCCGGCAUUGGCGUCGGCAAACUUGCUCCGGCUACUUCUUUUGACCAGGUUUCAUUUACGAUUAAUUGAAAGCGAAUAUGACUGUGGAUGAAGUGACGGCCGUGCAUGUGGUGGAGGAGGCGGCGGCAUCGUCUUCGUCCAAGGUUGAGAUUGCGGUGGAGGAAGAUCAGGUGAAGAAGAAGAACGGAAAGGAAGACCGUUCGAAUGGCGUCAAUGGGAGGACUGUCAGGGAAGACACCAACGGUGGCGGUGAUUAUGUUUUCGUUAACGGAAACGACGGCGAAAAUGGAGAUCCAGUGGAGUCGGAUCUUGAGAAAAAUGGCAAUGGCAUUGGCGGAGUAGAUCAGGGGUUUGAGUGUGUGGAGACUGAAGGAGAAGCGAAAUCUAAAACUGAUUUGGUUAAGGAUUUGAGAGAAGAGGAUGACUCUUGUAUUGAAAUUGUGGAUCAGGACAAGGAAUCGUUGGAAUUGUGCCACGUGGAGGCUCUUGUUGAUGAACAAAAAUCAGGGGAUCUUGUUCAAAGUGUUUCUGUUUCUGCUAUUAAUGCUGAAAACGGAGUUUCAGAAACUGCCAUGGCUGAUCAGUAUGGAGUUUCUGAAUCAGCUGAAGAUGUUUCUGAUGAUAUGAAUAUAGUUGAACACACUGUUUUAGAAGCUGCUGCUGUUGACUCCAGUGAUAAACAGAGUGAUGAGAUUUAUUCUGUCUUUGGCCCUGAUGUCAAUGUUCUCGAUUUCAGGUCAAAGGGGAAUGAGGAAUCUGAAAUGGCUGUAGCUGAUGCUAGUGAUUGCAAUGGAGACGAUUUAGCUAAUGAUAGAGCUAAGGCCAUCGUGUCUGAAGCCAAUGAUAUUGAUUCCAGGUCAAAAGAGAAUGAGGGCUCCGAAAUGGCUGUAGCUUCUGAUGGUGAUUGCAAUGGAGAUGGUUUAGCUAAUGAUGGUGCUAACACCAAUGUGUCUGAGGCCAAUGUUCUGGAUUUCAGGUCAAAAGAGAAUGAGGGCCCUGAAAUGGCUCUAGCUGAUGAUGGCGAAUCUGAUGAUAAUACCUGGGCCACUGUCUCUGAAGCCCAUGUUAUUGAUUCCGGGUCAAAAGAGACUGAGGGCUCUGAAAUGGUUGUAGCUGAUGAUGAUGAUUGCAGUGGAGAUGGUUUAGCUAAUGUUAGUGCUAAGGCCACUGUCUCUGAAGCCAAUGUUCUCGAUUCAGGGUCGAGAGAGAAUGAGGACUUGGAAAUGGUUGUAGCUGAUGAUGACGAUUGCAAUCAAGAUGGUUUAGCUAAUGAUAUAGAUAAGGCCACUGUCUCUGAAGCCAAUGUUAUCUAUUCGAAGUCAAAAGAGAAUGAGGGUUCUCAAAUGGCCAUAGCUGCUGAUGACAGUUGCUAUGGAGACGGUUUAGCAAAUGAUAGUGGUUCCACUGUUUCUGAAGCUAGUGUUCUCGACUUCAGGUCAAAAGAUAAUGAGAGUUCUGAAAUGUUUGUAGCUGAUGAUUGCAAUGGAGAUGGUUUAGCUUAUGAUAGUGCUAAGGCCACUGUUACUGAAGAUGCUGCUGAUUCCAUUUCCAGGAAUGUACAGAACAUGGUUUUUGAAUUGCCUGUAACUGAUGAUGGGGUUACUACCAUCUCUGUCUCUGACUGUGAUGGGGAUUGUUUACCUGACAUUAGGGAAAAGGACUCAGUUUCAGAAGCUGUUCUUGUUGAUUCUGUGGCCAAACAGAAUGAGUCCUCUAACAGUGUCUCUAAAGGUAAUGGAGACAGUCCUGAACAAAAUGGAAUCUCUGAAAUUCCUGAGAUGGUGCCACAAGAUGUUUCUGGAAAUGGAUCAGUUAAAGUUGGGGAAAGUUUAACAGCAGCUGAUGAGUCUCCUGUGGAAAGUGGUUUGGGCUUAGAGCAUGUUACUGAACGAGAUUCGGGCUCGGUAGCUGAUACUAAUUUAGAAAAAGAAACUGUGAGUGGUUCUUUCUCCGAUGAAUGUGGAGAGGCCUUGCAGGAUGUUCACACCCAGGAUGGCAUUUCAGAGACGGUUCAGAUCAACAAUUCUGUUGAUUCAAGUAAGUCUUCUAAACUCGUGGAAAGCUUUAUCUCCCCUAUUACAAAUAAGAAUGUGCAUAUAACUGUUCAAGGGGUUCUAAGUGAUACAAUAGCUGAUGUUGUGGAAGGCACAUCCUCCACAGUUGUACUCCACAAUAAUGCACCUGUUGAAAGUGGUGUUAGUGAUACUACGACUGAAACCUUUUUGCCGCCUUCUGUUGAUGAUGAGAAACUAGAAACUGACGUCAUUGAGUUGGAUGAGAAUAGCGGAGUUGGAUUUGAGAAUUCGGAGAUAGAUAUAAAGGAUGAGAGUGGUUCUAUUGAUGAUAAUUUUAAGUCAAGAUGCUUGAACAAUGGUGAUGGUUCUAUGUUAUCUGAAGAGGCUGAGAUUUCUAAAGUGCUUGUUGAAUGCCAUAGCACUGAAACCGAUGAAAAAUUGGUGGAUGUGGUUGAUGUUCAAAGUGAUAGUAACUCGGCUACUGUAAGUAAUGAUGAGAAAGCACCUGCUGCAACUGAAAAAUUGUCUGCUGCAGAUAUUUCUGACAGUGAUGAACUUGUAUAUGAAUCUAGAGAAUCAGAUUGUGAUGCUAACAAUAAUGAACAGACUCGUGCUCUCAUAAAGGAUGGAAUUCAGUUUGGUACUGUUACAUGUCAACAGUCAGAAGAACCAAAAGGCCUUGAUGAGGUUGAAAGGAAAAGUCCAUUUUACUUCUUGAUUAGGGUCCCAAGAUAUGAUGAUGAAAAUUUAAAAGAAAAAAUCAGGCUUGCUCAAAUUAGAGUUGAGGAGAAAACUCAAAGUCGGGAUGCCAUUCGAACUGAAAUACAAAAGAUGAGGGUAAUUUGCAAGAAAUAUGGUGAUAAUGUCGAGGCUGCCAUAUCCCAAGAAAGAGCAAUACGAGAUCUGUAUAGGUCCAAACGCCAAGAAAUAGACUCUAUUCAAUCUAUGAUGAACAUUGAGGAUAUUGAUGCCCAGAUAAGAAACAUGGAACACAUGAUACAGCAUGAAACCAUGCCUCUUAAGGAUGAAAAACAGUAUAUUCAUCAGAUCAAGCAAUUUAAGCAAACUCGUGAACGGAUCUCUUCUAAUAUGGUUAGGCAGGAUGAAGUUCGGCAGGGUUCGGACCAAAAAGACCAAAUUAAAGAGCGCAUGAAGUCUUUAAAGAAGGAAGCAGACCAAUUGAAGGUCAAUCUCCUGAAGGAUGAAGCAGCCACCAAGGCUGCUAGGAAAGAGUAUCAUGAUGAAGCUGAAAAGAUAAACAAAUUGCAGGUCCAGUUCAAAGCUGCUGAUGACAUCCGCCAAGAAGCAUAUUCACAGUUGCUGAGUUUGAAGAAACAAUCAUAUGAGAAGAACAAAUUUUUUUGGCAGUACAAGGAUGAUGCAAAGGCAGCAAAUGAUUUGGCCUUGAAAGGGGACAAAGAGGCACUUCAAAAUCUGUGUGUUGACCAGGUUGAGAAAGUUAUGGACUUGUGGAACAACAACGAUGAAUUCCGUAAAGAAUACAUCCGAUGCAAUGUCGGAAGUAUAUUAAGGAGACUGAGGACAUUUGACGGCCGUGCACUUGGUCCUGAUGAAGAGCCAUCUGUAAUUCCUCAAGUAGUAAACGAAAGAGUUGCCAAGGAUCACACUGUGUCCAACUCAACUUUGGUAGAACAAACACAAGAGAAAACAGCUCCUGCCGUGGAGCAAAAGAAUCAGAUAAGUAAAUCAGAAAAGUCCACGAAACCUGUUCCUCCAGCAAGUGGUUCAACAACUGCUUCUAGCAGGGAAACAAUUGAAGCAGCAGAAGAAGAAAAACCAAAGAUAACAAAGGAGGAAGAGGAAAGGCUUAGGAAGGAAGAGGAAUUGAGGAAGGAAGAGGAAGCAGCUAAAUUGAGGGAGCAGCGUCGGCUGGAGGAGAUAGCUAAAGCUAAGGAGGCAAUAGAAAGGAAGAGGCAAAACGCAGAGAAGGCCCAAGCUCGGGCUGCACUAAGAGCUCAGAAAGAAGCUGAACAGAAAGAGAAGGAACGAGAAAAGAGGGCAAAGAAGAAGGAAAGAAGAAAGGGAGCUGCAGCAGCAGUAGUGGAUGCAAGUGUUACAGAUGAAACCGAAUCCGCACCAACUUUGGAAACUCCACAAGAUUCUGAAAAAAUUAAAGAGAAACCAGUAACGGUGGCAAAGAGGUCUCAAAAGCCAUCUCAGUUCACAAAGCAGACAAAGGCGAAAUCCAUUCCACCGCCACUUCGUAACCGUGGCAGGAGAAAGAUGCAGCCAUGGAUGUGGGUUCUCCUUACAUGCUCGGUAAUAUUCGCUUUGUUUCUGGUCGGAAACUAUAACUUCUCAUUCAACUUUGGGCUUCUGCAGAAGUUUUAAACUAGUAAACAUAUACACGUGUAUUGGUUUGGCUUAAUAAGUAGGCAAAGUAAUUAAACAUAGACCCGGUGGAUAUAUCCAUAUUUGAUAUAGGCAAUUCUUUUGUGCAAUCAGGGUGGGGUUUUUAUUUUAUUUUAUUUU